AGAGAGAGAGAGAGGGAGAGAGAGAGAGAGAGAGAGAUGGCAGAGGUGGCGAAGAUUCUGGAGACGGAGAAGCCGGUGGCUCCGGCGGCGGCGGAAACCGCCGUCGCGGAGGGGAAGGUGGCCGCUCCUCAUCCGCCGGAGGAGAAGAUUGCCGAAACCAACGCCAUCGUGGUUGCCGACAAGGCUCCAGAUGCUGCAGAAAAGAAAAUUUCUGGGGGAUCAAUUGACAGAGACAUUGCACUUGCCGAAGUUGAGAAAGAAAAGAGGAUGUCAUUUAUCAAGGCAUGGGAAGACAGUGAAAAAACAAAAGCAGAGAACAAGGCCCAGAAAAAAUUGUCGGCUGUUACUUCCUGGGAAAACAGCAAGAAAGCAGCUGCUGAAGCAAAAUUGAGGAAAAUGGAGGAAGUACUCGAGAAGAAAAAGGCUCAAUAUGCGGAGCAAAUGAAGAACAAGGUCAGUUUGAUCCACAAGGAAGCAGAAGAAAAGAAGGCAAUGGUUGAAGCUAGACGAAAGGAAGAGAUUCUUAAGGCACAAGAAAUGGCUGCAAAGCACCGUGCUACGGGGAACGUCCCAAAAAAGUUCCUCGGAUGCUUUUGAAGGCGAUUUUAAACUAUAGCAAGAGGGAAGGGUAAAAUGAUUUUUUAGUUCUUGUGUGUACACUCUCUUUCACAGUUUGUUCAGUGUGUAUAGUGAAAAUUCAGAAUGUUCAUUUUCCACCAGUUGUAGCAGUCAUAUGUUUCGGUAAGGAAAAAAGUCUGAUAGAUCACUUGGGAAAUGUUUAAAAAUGUUGAUCCUAAAUUAGACAAAUGAAAAUCUCGCUUUGCUUGGAUGUCAAGGAUUCUUGCAUA